GUUUGCUUAUAAAGAGUUUCUGCAUUUUGCCUCACUGUACAUUGCCAAAAGUGCAGGGUCAGCAACUCAUUCAGUUCAUGAGUUCAAAUCACUUCCGUGGUCACAGGAAGUGAAAUCCAGCACCCUGGCUUGAAGACUUCUUUCAAAAAUAUUUGAAAGAAUGGAUUGCUCUCAAGAGUUAAGUAAAUUCAAGCAUGACAAGUUGUGCAGUAAAUUCAGUAAUUAAAUGUUGCUUCUAAAAAUCACAGGGCCAACUACUGGUCUCAGCAAAAAGGACGCAAUGACAAAAUACAGCAAUUUCGAAGUUGAAGGAUUUGGUCAUGUGAAAUCCCAGAGUUGGAAAAAGGCAUUCUGAUAAACGAAUCUGUGUUUGUCAAGAAAUUGGUAGAAUGAUUUUGGUGGAAGGGUAUUUGGUUGAUUUCCAGGGGUUGGCGUCAGUGCCUUGUUUCCAGUAACAAGAAAUCCAAAUAUGCUAAAGCAUAAUGAGGAAUGUUGGACAGUACUAUGCUCUUGACUAUGUGGGAACUGUUUUAGGGAUGGUUUCUCCCUGUUCCAAAUUCAAGUGUGCACCGAUGAACUCCAAAAGAAAUUGAUGUUGGGGUUGUUAUGGAGGAACUUGACCUCAGCUAAACAGAACACAUUUGGACUCAAUUAAGGAAGAUUGUGAGAUCUAGACUUUUGUCUCCAAAAAGUUUUCACAAACCUCACAAAUGUUCCCAUGGAGGAACAGUUUUCCUUAUAAAUUUAUAAUAAUUUCCAAGAGUGAUGCUUGGUAUACAAUUUCCCCAACUAACUGGACAAGAACACAGUGACUGUUGCUUCUUUAAGCACGAUUCUCAGAUGGAUAGGUGACUGGUUCCAAAAGGCUGACAAGAACAACGAUGGCAGGAUGAACUUCAAGGAAGUGCGAGAUCUCCUGAGGAUGAUGAAUGUGGAUAUGAAUGAACACCAUGCUCACCGUCUGUUCACAAUGGCAGAUAAAUCACAGACUGGUGCCCUCGAAGGGGAUGAGUUUGUCUUGUUCUACAAGAUGUUAACCCAGAGAGAAGAUAUUUUGAACAUUUUCCAGGAGUACUCAUCUGAUGGUCAGAAGUUAUCCCAGAGUGACAUAGAGGACUUCCUGAGAAAGGAGCAGCUGGAGGAUGUUGAUAUCCAACACCAUGCUCAAGAGCUAAUUAAAUACUAUGAGCCCUCAGAUACAGCAAAACAACUGAAGGCUAUGACAUUUGAUGGCUUCUUGAUGUACCUCGGUUCUGCUGAAGGCUCUAUCUUCAGUCCAAAGUGCAGGGGCAUUUUUCAAGACAUGACUCAGCCGCUGUGUCAUUACUUCAUCUCCUCCUCCCACAACACAUAUCUGAUGGAGGACCAGCUCAGAGGACAAAGCAGUGUGGAAGGAUACAUCAGGGCUCUUAAUCGCGGCUGCAGGUGUGUGGAAGUAGACUGUUGGGAUGGUGCCAAUGGAGAGCCCAUUGUCUAUCAUGGACAUACAUUCACCUCUAAGAUCCUCUUCAAGGAUGUGGUCAAUGCAGUGGGAAAAUAUGCUUUCAAGAUAUCAGAAUAUCCAGUUAUUCUGUCAAUCGAGAACCACUGCAGUGUUGACCAGCAGAGAGUCAUGGCCCAACACCUCAAGCACAUUCUUGGGGACAAGUUGCUUAGAGGCAUGUUGGAUGGCAGGGCCCCAGUAGGGCUUCCAUCUCCUGAGGAACUUAAAGGGAAGAUUCUUCUGAAAGCAAAAAAAAUUGGUGGUUUAGAGGAAACACUCAAUGGGACUGUCGAAGACUCGCUGACAGGAGAGGUCAGUGAUGAAGAUGAAGUAGCAGAAAUAGAUGAAGAAAUUCUUCAUCGUGAGAGUAUCCGGCGCAGAGUAAAGAAGUCAAAGCAGCGUUUGUCUAAAGAGCUGUCAGACUGUGUGGUCUACUGCAAGAGUGUUCACUUCAGGAGCUUUAAACAUGCCCGCAUCCACUCCAAGUUCUACGAAGUGGCCUCUUUCACAGAGUCCAAAGCUCGCAAGCACCUACGAGAGGCUGGAGCAGAGUUUGUGCGCCAUAAUGCCCGGCAACUGACCAGGGUAUAUCCCACUGGCUUCCGAACUGACUCUUCCAAUUUCAAUCCCCAGGAAAUGUGGAAUGCUGGGUGCCAAAUAGUUGCACUGAAUUUCCAGACAGCUGGAGAGGGGAUGGAUUUAAAUGAUGGCCUGUUCAGUCAGAAUGGCCGCUGUGGCUACGUCCUGAAGCCAGCUUUCAUGAGAGACAAAAAUGACAGGUUUGACCCUGAGCUGCCUCAGAAACGAGAGGACUACCAACCCAUUGUCCUCACCAUUCAGGUGAUAAGUGGCCAGCAGUUGCCUAAAGUCAACAUCAAAGAGGAUUCUAUAGUGGAUCCUCUAGUCAGAGUGGAGAUCCAUGGAGUUCUGAUGGACCAGGCCAAACAGGAAACCAGACACAUUGAAAACAAUGGAUUCAAUCCCCUGUGGAAUGAUACUCUGCGCUUCACCAUCCACACACCUGAACUGGCUCUGGUCCGCUUUGUGGUGGAAGACUACGACAAGACAUCCAAAAACGACUUUGUGGGGCAAUUUACACUCCCACUCAGCUGUAUGCAAAAAGGUUAUCGUCACAUUCACCUUUUGUCCAGAGACGGAACCAGGAUUUCUCCCUCAUCCUUGUUUGUUCAUGUCAGGAUCACAGAUCUGGAAUAACCUGAAAGGAUUUUCUGCAAAGAACAGCUUUCCACAUUGUAUUUAAUAAUGGAAGUCCAUUUAUAUUUGUCUCAUAAAGCAUUAGAUUAAAUGUUAGUAUUGCAAUAUUCUUAUUUGAAGUGAAUCGAAAUUUUAUGCCAAAUGUGAAGCGAUUCUAAAGAGCUGAUGCAAGGAUGGCUGCUCUCCAUCUUAUAGUGUGUGCGCAGGCGUGUGUGUGUGUGUGUGUGUGUGUUGGGUUGUUAGUGACUGCAUGCAUGUGAAUUUCUGCUGUUCUUGUUUAUUGUGCUGUAGUGGAGAAUGUGCCACCAGAUAUCUGAGUCAGGAAAUUCCCUCCCUUGCUUUAUGUAUCCGUCUGCAUUGCUCCUGUCUUCAGUUCGGCUCCUACUGUCAUGAUGGAGUUCUUACACACACUUUCAGUGGACAGCAUUUUUCCACCUUCUCUUUGAAGCACAUUGGUCUGAGUUGAAGCUGAAGUGAGGAACUCCUCACAGUUCAGUGUGUGUACAUAAUACAUAAUUGUGUGAAUUUAUUUUUGUAUUUAUACCAUGAUAUUUAUAGCAAACUGUAAACCUUUUUUGUUUGUUUUGUAUUGGACAUAUUUUCAUUGAGCACAAUCAGGAAGAAAUAAAAGACUUACAGACUGUA